AUGGUCUCGUGGAAGCAUGUGUGCAAGAGAGGAAACCGCGUUGCCGAGGGCUUGGCUAGUUCAGCUUUGAACCAAGUAAAUGAGCUGUACUGCAGUGAGAUUGCCAUUGCCACCCGAGAGUCGGUGGAGAAGGCCAGCGAGUUCCUUAAGCAGAUAAAACCAAAGGAGUUCAUCCCCGAGUCAAAUGCUCCUCGCUUUGAAGAAGACAACCUCACAAAAUCAAUGAAUGCACUGAACUGGCAUGGAUAUCUCAUCAACAAUACCAGUGACAAGCAGAUGAAAAAAGUCUUCGGUAAGUGGAACCAAAGCUACCUUAAGAAACAGUCGAAGAAGAUGUGCGAUGCUUUGUCAAAGGAUGGCUAUAUAGAAGAGUACAUAGCGUUCUGUAAGUGCAACUAUGCAACUGGCAUACUUCCGAUGGUGGCACUCCAUACCAGUGGACUCUCUGUUGACCCCAACUUCGUCAGAGAUACCAAGAAGUGCUUGCUUGAGAUGAUGGAGAGGGGGAUGAGGCCCAAUGCUGCAACCUACACUGCUGUAAUAGAGAGCUUCGCAAAACAGGAGGACAAGGCAUUUGAGGAGUAG